CACACACACACACACACACACACAGACACACAGGGUGGAGCUGUCUGUUUUUCUGCAGCUGAGACCUUCAGGAGUUUUUGGAGUUUUUCGGUUCGACUCGGAUCCUUUCUCUGCGUCGUCAUGGUUACCACGGAGUCCCACCAGACCCAGGACCUGUUGGUCCCCCCACAGGACCAGGAACAGCAGAACCAGGACGCCCAGGACCAGCUGGAGGACCAGGUUUUCACCAUGUCCGCUUUGGACAACGAGGCGAUGACGCAGGGUCCCGUCAACGCCAUCACGGUCCUCACGCUGCUGGACAAGCUGGUCCACAUGCUGGACGCCGUGCAGGAGAACCAGGGCAAGAUGGAGGUGCACCAGGUGCAGAUGGGGGGCGUGGUCAAAGGGAUCCAGGAUGAUGUCAUCAGGCUGAAUAAGACCCAGAGUCACAUGACCACCACGGUCAAUAAGCUGCUGGACAAGAGCCGCAGACUGUCCGUCACCAUGAAGGAGGUGCGUGAUAAGAUGGAGCGACAGGGUCUCCAGGUGAAGAAGUUGGAGGCGAACCACGCUCACCUGGUCAGCAGGAACAACUUCAAGGUCCUCAUCUUCCAGGAAGAGACCGAGAUCCCGGCCACGGUCUUCGUGAAGGACCCGCCCCCCUUCCCCCACCAGGAGAUUCUGGAAGAGGGCGACGAGCCGGUUCCUGUCGCUGACGGCAACCGUUCAGAGGAGGGGGGGCUGCACAGCAUCGACCUAUCGUCUGACGAGGACGUCGGUCUGGAGACGGAGCUUCAGGACGAGGAGGCGGAGCCUCACGAUCUGGACCACAACCCUGACAAGUCCAGGACAGAGAAGCUGAAACGCUCCAGUCUGAAGAAGGUGGACAGCCUGAAGAAGGCGUCAUGGUAA